CACUGUUUCAGCUGCCGCCGCCGCCACCGCCGCUGCUGCUAAAGAUGGCAUGGCCUCUGCGAACGGCGCUGCUGCUGCCACCACUGCUGCCAGCCAUGCCGUGACGAUCAACACGAGCAGCAGCGUGAGCGCUGGCGGUUGCACGGGUGUGGGCAGCAGUGUUGGGUUUGGCAGUUGGUGUCCCGCGGGUCGCCGCGUGCAGCUGCAGGAGCGGGCGGUGGAUGCGGCGGUUGGCGCGUUAGAGGAGCUCUUCACAGCGCACAAGGCGCCUUUGGGUCUUUUGAAGGUCGCCCCCUUCACAUACCACCUCACAAACGGCCCUAGCACCUCCUCCUCUGCGGCCACUGCCUCCUUUACUCCCACAUGCUCUUCCGCCAACGGCAGCAGCAACGCUAGCGGCAACGCUAGCAGCAGCAGCGGCUAUUGUAACGGAGGGAACAGCGGCAGCAGCAACAGCGGCACGGGCUUUGUCACCAGCAGCCGCCGCCUUCAUUUGAAGUUGCUGCCUGACGGCCGCCUGGCGGUGAACCGCGGCGGAGGGUGCGAGGAGCUCACAGCGGCCCUGGCGAGGCUGCCCCUGCCUCCUCCUCCGCAGCAGCAGCAGCAACAGCAGCAAACAAUACAGGCAGCAGCGCCGCAGCAGCCGACGCAGCAGCAGCGGCAGCAGCAGCAGCAGCGGGAGGCAGCACAACGUGGAGGUCUAGGAGGCGGCAGAAGUGAGGCUACUCGUCUUGCGGCUGUGUAUACAGCAUCAGUUGCGGCACCGGUGCUUGCUGUUGCAGCUACAGUGGCAACCGGUAGCGGCAGUAGCAGUGGCAAGAACGGUAAUACCAGCGGUUUCAGCAAUGGUAGUGGCGGUAAGGGAAUGACAACAGCGGCGGCGGUGGCGGAGGGUAAUGCGGUGAAGGCGGCGUGUGACGGGGCGGCGCAAGUGCAAAUGGCAGCUGCUUGAUGAAUAUUGGGACGCGGCGGGAUGUGCGAGUGUAGAGAGUGCAAGCAUGGUACGAGCUGAGAACAAGGUGUAAACGAAACAAUCCAACCCUUGGCGUUGUGCAUAGCGUUACCAGUUGCAAGUGUUGAUAGGUGUGCACUGUGUGUUCUUGUAGGAGGUAGCUUCGGAUGCAUGGUAGUAGGAUGGGGGCUCUGGAUCACACCGACCCCAAACCAGGCAUGCGCUUGCUUUGAAGUCAACACGGCAGUGAGUUAGCUACUUAGGCAGUGGGUCAGUUAGGUAGUGAGCUACUUAGGCAGUGAGUCAGUUGAACAGUUAGUUAGUUAGUUAGGCAGUGAGUUAAUUGGGCAGCCAAUCAGUUGGGCAGUGAGCCGGUUAGGCAGUGGGCGUACGGCACGUGAUCCGCGCUCCUGACGAGUGGGCCCGCGAGGGCUAGCAAUGGAGGUGCAUAGGCUGGGAAGUUGCUUUGCCGUAGGAUGGGAAGAGGUACCGGCCGCGGGUGGCUUCCCCGGGAUAACCGCUUGCCUGGUCCUGAAGGGCUCUUGAGUCACGGGUAAGCGGGCGUAGCGCAAUAUCCUAUCAGGGCAGGGCAGGAGCCAUGCUGUGAUGUGUUCGUUGCUGGCUUCAAGAGGCAGCAGCAGCUCACGAGCGGCGCGAGAUGAUGUUGAUGAAUCCCUUGGGACCCAAAGGCAAUGUUUGGUUUUAAAUGUUUCUAGUUUGAAAUCCGUCGCGGGCUCUGUGUAUACGAUAUAGCACAGGGCGUCGUCUUUCCCUUUGUGAGCUGCUAUGAAACACCCCACAUCCCCCGGAGCACGUGAGUCUGUUUUCGUUACGUAGUUGCCAUAUGCCAUUGUUUUGUUUUAUAGAGUAGUCAGUAACUUUUGGCGAUGAUCCGGUGACAGCAUAUUCGGGCAGGAGCGUGUCGAAGUUAUUACUUUGUUAGUGGCUUGUGAGGUGAUAGGCUUAGGUUACAUUGUUGCAGGCUUGCGGCUUGAACACAACGGUACUGGCUGGCUGGAUGGUGGUGUUGAUAUGACACCGUUUCAUGACCUAUCAUGAGAUUGUUUGUUAAUGGCAGGUUGUACGGCAAAACGGGAAGUGGACAUGUCCGCCUGAACAUGGAGUCUGGGACCGUCUGGACAUGUUGGCUGUGUCUGGGGUAAUAGGAACUAGCCGUUAGAAAUUUGUCAUACUCGAC